AUGUCCGCCUCACCACCUCCCACAGGGCCCUCCUCGACACACAUCGACCGCCCGACAACGUGCCCCUUCCUCCUAAACUUCACCUACCGCACCUCCGCCUUCAACCCGCUCCCAUCCUUCCCCAUCCCCACACCACAGGACCCGAAACCGCGCCUGCCUCCACACGUCGAGAUCUACACGUGGAUGGACUGCACAUUACGCGAACUUGCGCUGUUGUUGACGAGUGCGCUGCCGAGUUUGGUGCCGGAAGGACAGACGGCAGUGGGGACGAGGCUGGUGUUCAGGCUGGUGUACCCGGAUAUGCGUAGUGUGGGUGGGGGCGAGGGAAGAGGUGGGAGGUUGUGGGAUGAUGGUGGUGGGAGGGGGAGGUAUACUACGCGAGAGAUGGGGUCGGUAGUGAUAAGUGCGCCGGCGAAGGGGAAAGAGGAUCAGAAUGGCCACACUGAGAAUGGUACGGAUGGUCUUGACUUGGGUGGAGAGGAUGCAGACAAAACGCUUGAGGAAGCAAGGUUUGUGAUCGGAGAUUUUGUGGAUGUCGCGGUGUUUCCCCCUUUGAGUGAUGGGAGUGUGGUGAGCAGGGGUAGUGCGAUGGAGCCUACAUAUGGUGGGCGGGGUGGCAGGGAGAAUGGCUACAGUGCAAGAGGAGGUCCGGGACGUGGUGGUGGACUGCCAGGUGGCGGCUAUGGGAGAGGAAGAGGCGAUUUCGGUGCGCCGGUGCCGGCUGGGGAGUGGAGGAGAGGGGAACGGCUGCCGGUGAACGGGUCUGGGGGCGUUCGUGGUGGCAGGGGACGCUCAAGGUACUGA